UGGCCGGGAUGCAUCAUGAGAGCCGCCUUCAGCAUCCACAAGGAAGGCUGUGCCACAUCCCCCACAAAUAGCUGCCGCCACCCGCUUCUCCACCCAUCUUCUGCUGCUGCCUUUGGAUUGGCCAAUGGAGCUUGUGACUCCUCGGCUGCUAGCCUAUAUAAGGGCAAGGGAGUGGCACUCUUGUCCGCCACAACUUUGAGCAAGCACCCGAGUGAGCUGCAGGAGCAAACAGCUUGGAAGCACAGCAUCAUGCCUGGAAUUACUUGCACCAGCCUGCAUGUGGCCCCCGGCGGCAAACUCGCUGUGAAAGGUGAUAUCCCUGCAGGAGCUAAGAGUUUUGCCAUCAACGUGGGCAAAGGCCCAAAUGAGAUCAUACUGCAUUUCAACCCGCGCUUCGAUGCUCACGGGGACAUCCGAACCAUUGUCUGCAACAACAAGAUCAACGGGAAAUGGGGCCAAGAACACAGGGAGGCCAACUUCCCCUUCCAAGAGGGCAGCAGCGCGGAGGUGCUCUUCACCCAUGACAAAAACGAGUUGACCGUCACAUUGCCUGGCAACCAUCAGUUCAAGGUCCCCAACGGAGCUCACUUGGAAGGCAUUGAAUAUGUCUGCGUAGAAGGCGACUUCAACUUCAAAGGCAUAUCUCUUAGUUAAGUGCCUCCUCUU